AUGGUAUCAGAGCGCUACCGUAGUUACGCCGCCGUCGUCGUCAUGGAUUCCGGAGUAGGUGGAGCAACGUUGACAGAAGAUGCCACAGCCGCUCCUCCCAUCAAUCAAACUGCUGCAAAUCGCAGCUACUCAUAUCAAACAGAGGAGUUCGAUGAUCCCUUAUAUCUACACAUUACGGAGAAUCCCAACCUUAUGCUUGUUUCUCCCCCACUGACCGAAAGCAAUUAUGCUUCAUGGAGCAGAUCCAUGAAGAUUGCCCUAGAGGUGAAGAAUAAGUUCGAUUUUGUAGAUGGAAGCAUUGUGUGUCUAGGGGAAGCUGAUCCGAGAUACGCGAUCUGGAAAAGGUGCAACGAUAUUGUUUGUUCCUGGAUCCUGAAGUCGCUCAGUCCAACCAUAGCAGAAAGUGUGCUAUACUUUGAAGUAGCUGAGGAGAUUUGGACAGCUCUGAGGAAAAGAUAUUCACAGGCUGAUCCGCAUAGAAUAGCAGAAGUUCAGAAUGCAAUCUAUAAAAAUGUUCGAGGUACUUUGUCUAUCAAUGAGUAUUUCACUAAAUGCAAUGUUCUAUGGGAACAAUUAAAUGCAAUGAGACCUAUGUAUAUGUGUGAAUGUGUGCCUAAGUGUUCCUGCAAACUUAUGAGUAAGAUACAAAAGGAUAGAGAGGAAGAUCAGGUGAUAAGGUUCUUAGAGGGGUUGAAUGAGGAGUUUGAAACUAUAAAGUCGGGAGUAUUGGUGAUGGAUCCUAUACCAAACAUUGAAAAGGUUUUGAACAUGGCCUUGAAGCUGGAAAGAAAGCUAAAUGGCUCUGGAAGUCAUAAAAAAAUGAAGUUACUUAUUCCAAUGCAACUCAAUAUCAGAAUACUGAUGAACAAUCACCGGUGGCUGCCUCAACUUCCAUGGCUACCCCCUGGAUGGGUAGCUGGUUACAAAUCCAAAAGCAGGCAGAAUAAUGACAAUCAGCAGACUCAAAAUGGCUCAGUAAAUCAGGUUGGAGACAUAGGCCUAUCUGCUAACCAGUUCCAGAGAUUGUUGUCAUUAUUGCAGAAUCAAAACCAAGGGAGUCAAGCAUCCACCAGUGCUGCACUCACAGUUGGGAAAUCUGGAACCAGAACAGAUUUCAGAGAUAAGCCAGAAGAAUCUAAGGAAGGCAGGUCUAUUUCUAACUAUCUUGUUAAUUCCAUUUUGAAUUGCUCAACAGUUUGGAUUCUAGAUUCAGGAGCCACAGACCAUAUUACUUGCUCCUUAGAAUAUCUUGACAACUGCCAUAAGGUCCAGAAUAUCUCUGUCAAACUGCCUAAUGGAGAGACAGUGGAAGUUGCUAAUGUGGGGGAAAUCAAACUUUAUCCAAAUCUGCUAUUGAAAAAUGUUCUUCAUAUCCCAACUUUUUCUUUCAAUAUCAUUUCUGCUAGUAGAUUGGCAAAGCAGAGCAGCUGCAAACUCAUUAUGAAUGAUGUAUCAUGUAAUAUCCAGGAUCCCUGUGGAAUAGUGCAUGGUUUUGCUGAAGAAAAGGGUGGGCUGUACUUGAUCAAGCAUCCACCUGCUAAGAAGGAAGAUGAUCAGUCUGAUAUAAUUGAUGACAGACAGUGCAGUGCUGUGACAUUGCAAUUAUGGCACAAUAGAUUAGGACAUUAUCCUAUGGACAAGAUCCAAUACUUGUAUAGAAUAAAAUCUGCUCAGUCUAAUAAAAUUCAUGGCAUUGCUUGUGACAGUUGCCAUUUUGCUAAACAUAAGAGGUCUCUUUUUUCCUUUGAGCACAUCUAG